UUCAUUCUUUGACACGGGAAUAAAUAUACACAGCCACUCAGCGUUGACGCUAUUCCCUGUUUGGGAGAUUACGUUACUAUUGUGAAUUUGUGCCAAGGGAAGAUCACAAUGAAAAAGGAUGAAGCAACUUGUCUCUCUCUCGAUUUCAUAGUGUUUAACGCCAUAGUAACUUUCUUCAUCCCAUAAGGUUAAAUUCACUUGCCGAGACUUACUUUCAAGUGAUCAUGGUCACAGCCGACCGCACAUUUCUCGCCUUCCAGCACAAUGCCAAGCUCCACAAUCUCCAAACCAUCGUGAAGGCAAUCCACCCAUUCGCAGCCUUGGAAGAAUCCAACCGGCAGCUCUUCAAGCAAGGCACCGAUGAAGAUUACGCUGUUAUCACAGAGCAAACCAUCUUCCAUCCGCAAGGGGGCGGACAGCCGUCAGACGAGGGCACCAUGACCAGCGCCUCGAGAGUUACCUUCACGGUCGCAGCCGUGCGCAUGGACGCAGUACGCGAGGGCCAAGUCCUCCACUUUGGCCGGUUUAAUCAACCCACCGUCUUCUCCGAGGGCGAUACAGUCGAACAGACGCUAGACGCAGAUAAGCGUCUACUAUACUCGCGUCUACACACGGCCGGCCACGUCCUCGGCGCGGCGGUCCGGCACCUCCUGGAAAAGGAGGUAGAGGGGUUCGACGAACUCAAGGCGUCGCAUUUCCCUGACGCGGCGGCGUGUGAGUUCCAGGGUGCGAUUGACGGGAAAUGGAAGGAGCCGAUCCAGGCGAAAGUGAACGAGUUUGUUGAGGCCAAGUUGCCUGUCGAGGUGGACUGGUGGGAUGAGGAGGAGUUUCGGAGACGAGGGCUGGAGCGAUUGCUGCCCGAUCGGGGUUCUGUCGCUGUUGCUCCCGGCGAGAAGUUUCGCGUGGUCAAUAUCGUUGGGGCCGAGGUGUACCCCUGUGGAGGGACGCAUGUCGAUACGACAGAUCUGUGUGGCUUAACUACGGUGAGGAAGAUUACGAGGAAGUCCGGCAGGUCCAAGGUCAGCUAUACCGUUGCUGAUUGAUUCAAGGGAAUUGCUAUCACAAAAUCUCAAUAAGAUAGAAUAUAGAAUGAGUCAAAUAUACAGGAUCUAAC